AUGACCGUUGUAAAUACAUGUGAUACAUUUUACACAGCCAAGACCCACACUGGUACCCAUGCGACUUGUCCCUGUAAUGGUGUGGUAGUCGAGGAAAGUGAUCAAAAACACUGCUGGGAGGUCGUAACCCGUGAAGCAUCGACAUGGGUGGAUGCAGAUCUUGCGUGCCAGACAAUCGGAGGACAUCUUGGUCAUCCACAAGGCACAAUGUCGGACACCGUCUAUCGCUACGUACGAUCGAGCUACACAAAACCGGUGCUAACAGGAAUUGUAGCAGGAAGCGCUGAAGCAAAUCUUUACGCGAUGGUUUGCCCCAACAACAAAUUCUAUGGCUUACUCCCGAAGAACACAACAUUUUACCAGGAAGCAACUAGCACAGACACAUGCGCAUAUUUCACUACGCAAAGCGAAAAGCUAACUUUUGCUUCUUGUACGCUUGAUGCGCAUGCUCUUUGCGACCGACCGAUGGAGAAAGCGGAUUACUGUAAUACUGUCAUCACCUGCACAACAACCACGACGACGACAUCCACGUCUUCCACGACAGCUAUUACAUUUUCUACACCAAGCAACACCAGCACAAAGACGGAUUCUACUUUACCGACCACGACGAAAAUUUACGCAGCUAAUCUCACCACAUCAGCGAACACUUCUAGCACGACAACGACUACCAAACCAGAGCAAGAGAAUGUUUUGACUAAUACUACCAACACUACGACUGGCACCAGCACAAGCACAACCUCCACCUCAACGACUUCUGCUAAUAUGGUGACCAACACAUCGAGUUUAACCAUUCCCACAAAAUCAGGAAACAUCACUAACACAUCUGCGAAACCGAUUUGGGAUAGUGCUACAAACUCAACCAAUUCUACAGCAUCAACUACGAGCAGCACGCCGAGAAUCUCACUGAAUACCACUUCUCUCAACAUUACAACUACACCAUCCGGUGCUGUAGUACCGGUGGAAGAACCAGCGAAGUGUACUAAGCAAGGCUGUGGUGAACACGAAUGGAGCAUCUUUGGAUGGUGCACAGAUUGGCGUGCAUUGCUGCUUCUCGCUGCUCUGUUACUAGCACUUUUCCUAUUGAUAUGCCUUCUCCACUGUUGUUGCAAACUCUGCAUCGAUCCGUGUCAAGUGAAAAGGAAGAAAGAAGAGAAGUUCGUAAAGAACGAAACCGUCAAAGAUCCUCCAGUUCCAAAACCAAAGCCAACUUUUGUAAAGAAGAUUUCAGAGGAGACGUUCCCGCGCAACAGUUGCUACGAUGUCGACCAGUCCAGCAUUCUGCCGCCUCCGGCUACCGUAACUCAACCUGUUUUCGUUCCGGUUCCUGUCCACCAUUCGGAAGAAAGAGCUCUCAAGAAAGCUGAUCCAGAAAUAAGAUUUAUUUCGCCACCAAAGCCGGAUACAGUGGAUGUUGGAGUGAAUACCGACCCAUGGCCGUUGGAAAAGGAGUCCAGCGCGAAAAAACCCGUCAAAGCUGAUAAGGUACAAGUAAGACAAGCUCCUACCGUGCAUGCUCCUCUGGUGGAAAUUGACGAUUACUCUGCGGACGACCCAGCAGAUGAUGUAUCCUUACAUCUAGAACAAUGGCAUAGUGCAGAGCGUCAGCCCAAAUCGAAAACAGAACUCCCGAAGGGUGAUAUUGUGAACGGACCUUUUGUAUUUAUGCAAAAUCCAAAACCAAGAAGAAGCCAUAGCGAUGAACCGAAGAGAGCAUCAGCCCCGCAAGCCGUGAACGAACAAGAAAUGGGACCACAACCCAAUAGCGGACCCGUUAGGUCAAAUGUCCCAGUGAAAGAAAAACCAGCUCGUGCCUCUCGAUCUUUCAGGUCACCACCACCAUCGCAAAGGACUGGACCAGCGCCAACGAUAAGGUCUCCCCAACAGGAUAACGCGACGAACGAGCAGAGGAGAAUUCCAUCACCUCCAAAAUGUACCGAAAAUACUGAACCGCUGAAAAGAGAUGCACCUCGGAGCCGAGAUAGCGACAACAGGAAAUCUUACAACGGUGGAGGUGCAGCUCCAACGACAGAAAAUGAUACUACGAGACCGAAGGAAAAGAGGCCGCCGCCGUCACCAAGGCAAAUUGCCGAAGAAAGUAGAAGGAAGCGUAGUAACGACACAAAGGAUAUGAUUCCGAAUGUUAAUAGUAGUCUCGGGCCCGAUGAUUCUGCGAAGAAAGCUCGCUCGCGCAGGAAAGUUUUUCCCACAAGUAAGAGCAGACAUAGACCACUACAUAGCAGAGAAGAGCGGCCUGUUAUAAUCCCCUACAACCAUCAUUUUGCACCCAACUCGUCCGACUCGUCUGCUGGCGGUACCACGUGGAGGUCGACUAGCUCCAGGAAUGUCUCGGACUCUGGAUCUCCUACACUACCAAGAGGACACGUUUCGAUGCGUAAUCCACGCGGUCGGAUGGGAGGAGUUGUACGCGCUGGUGGAGGAGGAGGUGAAACUCCUGUUGGAUGGAAGCCAUGGUCGAAAGCAUCCUCUUCGCUUUCUCAGAAGCAGCAGUUUUUGGCCGAUGAUUAAAAAAAUUCAUACCAAUAAUAAGUUCUGU